AUGCCCGACAUACUCAUUAAUCCUCGACCCAUCUCAAUGACAACCAUAAGUCAAAAGCCUCCAAUUAAUCAUGUUGAAUCCUCCUCAAACUACACUAAUCGAAUAUCAAAAGAACUCAAGUAUACUGGUAGUCCAGGAACGUCCUUAGACAACUUUAAACUUCUAGAAGUAAAACUUGACUUGAUUCUUCAAUCGUUGCCAAAGUUUUCUCCUUCAGAGUUAAAGUUGAUCACCUUCGAUGAACUGGAAGCAACACCUCAGAAGGUUCUCUCCACUUCAUCCUUUACCGAAGAAGCCCUGUAG